UCAUUCAAAUCUUAUUGAUAUUUUUGAAGCAACAACACCCGAUCCCAUUAGAGCAAUGCAAAUCUCAAGCAAACACAAAUCAUUAUACGUGACUUCCGACAGAACAGUUCGGCAAUUUAAUAUGGUCAUGUGUAAAGGUCGCUAUGAAAACUGCGUGCGUUGCAUUCAAGAUCCAUAUUGCGGGUGGGAUAAGGAUCGAAAUGAAUGCAGACAUUACACUGCAGGACUAUUGCAAGAUGUUACUAAUGCUACACCUGGUAUCUGUGAUAAUCAUGUAAAAAAUAAACCUCUUCAUGUUUAUUGGGGUCAAAGUGUGCAUUUAGCUUGUCCCAUUGAAAUGCCAGAUAUGGAGAAUAUUAGGUUUGCUUUCCUUCAAUGGUACCACUAUAGCAGAGAAAAAGGAAAGUAUCCAGUUAUGCAACAACACAGAGAUAAGUACAUUCAUACUGCUGAUCAUGGUUUAGUAAUUCUUUCUGUCACUGAAAGGGAUAGUGGACGAUAUGAUUGCAAAAUGGGCAGCAGUACGCUUUGCAGCUAUAAUAUAACAGUUGAUUCAAAAACAUGUAAUGCUCCAACAGACACUGAUUAUAGAAAGGUUUAUUCUGACUGGUGUCAAGAAUUUGAAAAAUAUAAAGUUGCUAUGAAAACAUGGCAAAAUAAACAAGCUAAGUGCCAGAUUGCUCAUCCGAAUGAUGUGACCUAUCAGCGAAGUCCGAGUGCUUAAUUUGUCCAGUGGGUGUAAAGCCACACCUACUGUGCUCAACAUCUUUUGUCAAGUAUCAGGAGGUGCUAAAAGCUGUGGGUUAUGCAGCAGUAUCAUUUUUGUAAAUACAUGCACAUUUCCUCUUUGCAAGAUCAGGAGCCACUUCCCACAUGGCAUAAUCAUACAGUGCUAUGCACAUAGUAUUGGCCAUGGACUAUAACGAUAUGCAAAUGCUCAAAGCACAAGAAUGUAUUAGGUCAUUGGUCGGUGGCAUUCUACGUUUGUUCAGAAUAAGGUGUACCAUUGACAACAUAUCUGUGUGCUUAGGUUACGUUUCAUACUUUGCACACGUCUAAUAACGUGUGCAUAUGUGUGCAUGUGUGUGUGUGUGAACGUCUUAAAGUACUGUGAUUUAAGAAUUUAUGGGGUGGGUAUAUUUUUUGUCUUUUAUUUUGAAAAGUUUUUUAUAAAGAAGUAAAUUUACUAGCCAUCAUUUGGGAAGUGAUAGCUGCUUCAAGGUGCUGCUAUUUGUAGCGUGUGUUUUUAAAUUUUUUAUCGAUAAUUUUUCCUUUUUAAAUUAUUCAUCUCUAGAAAAAGAACAUAUGCAUUAAUUUAAUGAGAUGAUAGGAAAGAUUCAAACUGAAAAUUUGUGAUGGGCAAAACAAUUAGAACAAAAAUUUUCAUUUAUUACUCUAGCAAUAUACAAUGCUAGAUGUGUGUGCAUGACAUUCGUGAGGCAUAUUGCCUUUAUCUGUGAAAAUGAAACGUACGAAACAAGUACUGUUUCCCAAAAUGGGAUUAUUGACAAUAAGAAAAAUUAUAUAUACAUAAACAGUACUAAUAGAAGAAAAAAUAAAGAUGCUCAGAUAGACAGUGCAAAAUAUCAAAUAGACUGUUUUGUUGGAAACAUUUCUUGUAGUGUUAUUAAAUUUCAUGCCUUCAAUUAUUGCUCAUCUAAAUAUUACUGUUAGUAUACAGUGAGAUUUCUGGAAAGUUGACAAUCUUAUCUUGUAAAACUAAAUGGAUUGAAAUGCAAUGUUUGGUGUGUACAGUGGCUGUGUCUGUAAUUAUUAUAUGAGGAUAAAAAAAUAUGUUUAUUCUUCUGUGAUUGAAAAAUGAUGAUAAUGGUUAGACUGUUUAUUUGCUUAUAGGACUGUUUUAAAAUGUUUGUUGAUUAGUUAACCUUAGAAGUUAUAUUCAAAAAAAGGUAACCAUUUAAAGGGAGAAUAAUUUGAAAUGGUUAUCAAACUAUUUUGGAUUUGUUGUAGAAAUAUACAUAAGUUAUAAUAUAUCACUUUUAUUCCCAACCUGUGUUUACUUUACACUAAACAUAUCAUAGUUUGUCUUUUAUGGGUAUAAAGAACUUAAAUCUAUUGCUAUUUUAGUAGGAAAAAAACGAAAAAUAAGCCACAAAUUUGCUCAGAUUUGUGUAAAAAUUGAAAGAUUGCUUAUUAGAAAUUUGUGUCAUACUUAUGCACCAAAUGGACAAAAAAUGAAUGUUCCCUUCUGUUUAUAAUAAUUGUUAGAUGUACAGCAAAUUCUUUGUGGGUUCUGAUUAUCUCAUUUGAUAUUUUUCACAGUGGGCACCUUAUUAUAUAUCAGACUUCUCCUUAGCACCAAGAUGUCGAUGGCCAAAUAAAAAAAAAUAUAUAUAUGUAAAUUUAUUCACGGCUGAAUAGAGGCAGCUCUUCUGUUUAAAAAAAAAAAAUGCAAGAGAAAAACAAACUUUAAUUGCAUAAGGACCAUUGCUUAUUUCAGUAUUAUAUUUUUAAUUUUACAUCAAAAGUCAGGUAUAUUUAUGAUUACUGUCAUGUCUUGACUCAUCUUUUGUAAAUGUCAUAUCUUCAUUUACAGUUAUUGUUGAUCAUCGAGGAAGAAACAUUAUUGUAAUACUUAGGUUUUUUUAUAUCAAAUGUUUUCAUUCCACUGUACAACUACUCAUUGAAACUUCAACUAGAAAAUAAUCUUUCUAUUCUAAUCACAAUUUACAGCACAUUAUUCUAGACUAAUGUAAGAAUGGCAUUUGCAACCUUUAAAAAAGAAAAAAAAAUUAUAUAUAGAACAAUAACAAAGGUUUUGAUAAUAUUGUAGGUUCUUUAUAAUAUAUAUAAAAUGAAAAUUUUGCAUUCCUGUAGCUUAAAAAAAAGGUUAUUAUUACAUUAAUUUAUUCUCAUUGUGCUGGUAUAAACAUUGGGUUUGUCAUUUUGAAUUUAAAAGGAAAAAAUUCUAAUCGUAACAAAAUAGAAAUUGCAUUAAUGAAAUUUGAUAAAUUUGUAUGUAUUUCUUCUUCUUUUUUUUUUUUUUAAAUAUUUAUGUUCCCAGUGUUUUAAAAACUCUCCAGUCCCCAUUCUGCCAGCCGAACGGGAUCAACCGGGUGACCCCAUUCGAUUCACAUUACUCAACUCUCCUAGACAGUGUGCAAAUUAAAACUUUCUGCUUAGCAUAGCAAUAUUUCUUUAUAAUUAUUGUAUUAAUAAAACUAAUUUAUCAUUGCUUUGUACAUAGUAGGAAAAAAAUUUCUAUAUUGUUGGCUUCUGCACACUGCCACUUUAGCACCUUGUAAGUGUACAAUUCACCCAUUUUUAUGCUGUUCAUCAACAUGUCCUGUACUUGUAAGGUGUAAGUUAAUUAAAGAAUUUAGACACCAA